AAGGACUAAAGGCUAAAAUACAUAAAAAGAAAAGAAGUUUCUCAAAUAUUGAACAAAAACAAAUCCAAAUCAAAUGGCCAUUUUGCACCGUUUAAACUCCAUAACCAUAUCAAUGGAGCUAUGCCCACAACUUCCAUGGAGUUACAAAUCAACCCCAUCUCAAAGUUUCAAUCUUUUUCUAUCCACAAAACAACAUCCAAGAUUCUUGUUUGUGAAAAAAGUCAACAAAAGUCAACAGCAUUGUCAUUGUUCUUCAGUCUCAUCAUCUGGUCAACAACUACAAGAGUUAGUGGUUGAUGAUGGUAGUGGAGGUGGUGGUGGUGAUGGUGGUGGUGGGUGGGAUGGUAAGUAUGAAGAUGAUAAGGGGCAGUUUGGUAAUUUAGCUCAAGAGUAUGGAUGGCAAGUUAGGAGAAUGGAAGAAAAGGAUGAUGAAAUGAGAAAUGUGGCUAAUAUUCAAGCAGAGGCUUUUUAUGAGCCUGUCAUUUUCUUCAAUGAUUAUUUCUUUAAGUUCUUUCAGGCAGAGGUGCUUUCAGGACUUCUUUACAGACUAAAAAAUUCACCACCUGAUAGAUAUGCUUGUUUGGUGGCGGAAGCAAGUGACAGUGAAGAAAAUCAACAAAUGGUAGGAGUUGUGGACGUUACGGUUUUCAGGGACCAAUCUGUUCUUGUGCACUUAUCGGGGGCAGAUGAAUAUCUUUACGUAUCAGGCAUAGCUGUCUUACGUGAUUUCAGGCGGAAAAAAGUUGCCAGUGUGUUGCUCAAGGCAUGUGAAAUGCUGGCUCGUCUUUGGGGCUACAAGUAUCUUGUGUUGCGAGCUUAUGAAGACGAUAUGGGUGCCAGAAAGUUGUACACAAAUGCCGGAUACAGCAUUGUGUCGGGGGAUCCUGUAUGGACAACAAGUUGGAUUGGGAGAAAACGUAGAAUACUUAUGAUCAAACAAUGUAGCAUAUCAAGAGAAUAAUGAAUUGAAUCCAAAAACAGAAUGUCUAAUUUGGGAUUCAAGACAUCAACGUUUGUGCUAUUAUAUUGGAAGUACAUAGUUAAUAGCAUAAUUAACCUUACUA